CGUUCCAAUCUGUACCUACCAGCAUGCAGCAACGCCUGCCCAUGAACGCUCGAGUAGCAGGACCGCUGGUCACGUUGACGAAUCGCUCACAUGGAUUCCAUGUUACCAAUAAAAUCCAAGGCAACGCGGAUUCUUGAUCUGCCCCCGAGCUGCAUGCUCUUCAGUCCUGCCUAUCCAGACUUCUUCGUUGUCGGCACCUACAAUCUGCAAAAGGACGACGCAUCAUCAGGCCACCCAGAUGAAGGUCAACAUGCAGAAGGCUUGAAGAAGCCUCAAAGUCGUCAUGGCAGCCUUGUCGUGUUCCGGCUAGAAGGCGGUGAAAUGUUUGUCAAUGUUUGCCUCAUGGGAUCCAUGUUGCUGACAUUGAUCAGCAUGAAGUUACAAACAACACUGCAGCCGUCUGCUUUGCUAGAUAUACGGUUCCAUCCCGACACGGUCGGGCACCAAGAUAUCUUGGCCGCGGUGUCAAGCACAGGUACACUGGCCAUAUUCAGGUUCGACCCGGCCAGAGACGCACAAGAGCCCCUGCAGCAUGUGGCAACGAGCCGAUGCGCCGACCUUGACGACGGCACUCUCUUCUUACAAUGCGCAUGGCAUCCCAGUCUGACCAAUGCUAUCGCCGUCACAACAUCAUCCGGCCUUGCUAGACUCUUGUACCUGGAUUGCGAUUGGAAGAUCAAGGGCCAGACCGACUUGGACAUACCCAACUCUCUCGAGGCCUGGUCGAUAGCGUUCUCCCCAACAGCUGGCCAGGGUCGGCAAGCCGUCACCGCAUACUGCGGCGGGGAUGACUCCAUGCUGCGGUACACCUCAUACGCUUUGGGGGAUGAAGGCCGGCCUCAAGGCUAUGAGGCCUUGUUUCCUCCAGUAACAAUAAAGGGUCAACAUGACGCCGGGGUCACGGCAAUCCUACCGCUGCCGAUUUUCACAGAGGACGGCGGCCGGGUCGUCGUUACCGGGAGCUACGAUGACAGCAUGCGUGUUUUCUCCAUCCACGAUCUUGAUGCAUCGUACGGCAUGAAGAGAGCACACCUCUUGAUGGAGACGAAUGUCGGUGGCGGAGUCUGGCGUCUGAAUCUGGUGGACAUCAAGCCGUCGCGGACGAUACGUGUAUUGGCCUCUUGCAUGCACGCGGGUGCCCGGCUGUUGGAGAUAACAAGUGACUGCUCGAGCUGGGGCUGCAGGGUCCUUGCGCGGUUUGAGGAACACGAGAGCAUGAACUACGCGUCGCAUUUCGUCCCCUUGCCAGGGAGCAAGGAUGGGCUGCGCUGCGUCUCGACGAGCUUUUAUGACAAGCUUCUUUGCUUGUGGGAGUAUCAUGGUGGGAUCAUCUCAGAAGAUGCACCGCCUCUCCCGUAGUGAGUAAAUCUCGCUCGGCCACGAGUGCUGUAUGCUGCCCAAAUAUUAUCUAGUGUGUCACUUUGAAGCACAAUAAGAGCAUAAAUAGGCUGCCAGCGAGGCGUGUGCCGAGGGCGAACCAUUCUGUUUUGUUAGGAUGCGCGGAUACGCUGGCAUGCAAUAGCCUCUGCCGUUUUGCAGACUUUCGGGUCAAACACAACGUCUCUUCACACGAGCUGCUUGCGCGAUGAGCGUUUUGUAGGUAUUGAUGUAUCCUGUGCACGCUGCUUCACGUGGCU